AGGGAGAGAGAGAGAUGAACUGAGCGAAUUGACAAACAAAUAGCGAGGAAGAGAGGAAAAAAGAGAGGGGGUUUUCACUGAGUCGACUCGGACGUUUUGUUCUUGUUAUUGGACUCGGCACGUUGAACCUACCCUCCCUUCCUUCGAUUCUUUGUCAUCUUCGGAGGUUUUAUUUGAUCGAUUCGUUCGAUUGGUUUCUUUCAGAUCUCGCAAUCUGAUUCUCGAUUGCGCAUAUUUCAGCAUCUUAAGAUGGGGAGCUUAAUGUUGCAUUGAGCUCCAUCCUUUCCUCUGUCUCUACUUUUGGCUCUGUAAUUUCUGGUUGCUGAGUUGUGUUGGGGCCAGCUUAUCGAUUAAUGCUAUUUUGGCUUUCAUACUCCUUGCUUAAUCAAUUGCAAUUGGCGUUGGAGUUCGGCGUAUUUUUGGUAGGGAAGAAGUUCUCUUCCUCCAACAUCGCCUUCGCUCUUGCCAUACUCAGAAGCGAUCAAUAUCUUGGUUUGUUUCACGUCUCGUAAUCUGGAUAGCCCAGUUCAGACCCAGAUGGCAGUGGUAGUGUUUAAGAGCCCAGUCGGUGGGGAAUACCAUGGGAACAAUAGAGUGGAAGGUAAACAACCUACCGGGAGAAGACGGGUUUUUGUGCAAACAGAAACUGGUUGUGUCCUGGGGAUGGAGUUGGACCGUGGUGACAAUGCUCAUACUGUGAAAAGAAGGUUGCAGCUUGCCCUUAAUGUCCCCACGGAUGAGAGCUCACUGACAUUUGGGGAUAUGGUGUUGAAGAACGAUCUAAGUGCUGUUCGAAAUGAUUCUCCUCUACUUUUAACACGCAACUAUAUGCACAGGAGUUCCUCCACUCCUUGUCUUUCACCUACUGGGAGGGAUAUCCAACAGAGAGAUUGGAGUGGCCCUAUUGAGAUUUUAGGUCGGUCAGAUCGCUUUGCUAAAACAAAACAACUGGUGAAGGACGUUGUGAAGGCAAUUAAGAUGGGUGUUGAUCCAGUUCUUGUUCAUAGUGGACUUGGAGGUGCAUACUACUUCAGAAAUACCAGAGGUGAGAGUGUUGCAAUUGUGAAGCCGACGGAUGAAGAACCUUUUGCACCAAACAACCCUAAAGGCUUUGUGGGUAAAGCCCUUGGCCAACCAGGUUUGAAGCGGUCAGUGCGGGUUGGGGAGACAGGGUUCAGAGAAGUUGCAGCCUACCUUUUGGACUAUGAUCACUUUGCAAAUGUGCCUUCAACUGCCCUUGUGAAGAUUACUCACUCAAUUUUCAACGUCAAUGAUGGGGUGAAUGGGAACAAGCCUCUUGGAAAGAAGCAGGUUAGCAAGAUUGCUUCUUUCCAACAGUUCAUACAGCAUGAUUUUGAUGCCAGUGAUCAUGGGACAUCAAGCUUCCCUGUUUCUGCUGUGCACCGCAUAGGUAUAUUAGAUAUUAGGAUACUAAACACGGACAGGCAUGCUGGAAACCUUCUAGUGAGAAAACUUGAUGGUGUGGGGAGGUUUGGUCAAGUGGAGCUAAUUCCGAUCGAUCAUGGCCUUUGUCUGCCUGAAACAUUGGAGGAUCCAUACUUUGAGUGGAUUCAUUGGCCUCAGGCGUCAAUUCCAUUCUCUGAUGAUGAGCUCGACUAUAUACGGAACCUUGAUCCUGCAAGGGAUUGUGAGAUGCUGCGGAUGGAGCUCCCCAUGAUUCGAGAGGCUUGUCUUCGGGUUUUGGUUCUCUGCACAAUUUUUCUGAAGGAAGCUGCUGAGUAUGGCCUCUGUCUUGCUGAAAUUGGAGAGAUGAUGAGUCGGGAAUUUCGAGCCGGUGAAGAGGAACCAAGUGAGCUCGAGGUUGUAUGUAUUGAGGCAAGGGGGUUAAUUGCAGACAGGGAGGAGCUGUUAUCCCCCAGGGAAGAUUUGGAAGAUGAGGAGUUUCUAUUCGAUGUUGACUGUGAUGAAGUGGGAGUUGACUUCACCUCAAAGAUGGCUGCAGAUGAUUAUAUGUCAAGGGUACCAUUUCACUUUGGUAAUGGUCGUUUACUUGCAAAACUGGAGGAAAGCAUUGAGGAGGAAGAGGAGAGCGGAGAGGAAGAAGCAGCUGGACAAGAGGGUUUUGCAGGUCUGCUUGUUCCUGAAAGGUUCCCAGCUGUUUCAAAACUGUCAAUGUCAUUAAAGAAUUCCAUUUUAGGUGACAAGAACCUGAAAUAUCAAAAAUUUUCAGGAGCAAAACCUGAAAAUGGCUGUCUCUCAGGCACAUCAUCUGGGCAUAGGAGUGCGAAUGAGCAACUUCCUGCGAGCAUGUGCUUCGUAAAACUUGCAGAUAUGAAUGAGGAGGAGUGGGUACUGUUUCUUGAUAAAUUUCAGGAGCUGUUAUACCCAGCAUUUGCCAAACGGAAAUCAGUUACCAUAGGUCAGAGGCAGAGGCAGAGACUUGGUACUUCAUGCCAGUUUUGAAGUUGAGAAUCUGGUAUAUUAGUGAAUAGAGGACUGAAGGUGAAAAAAAAAAGUCAUUUUGGUUUGUUGCGAUGAAUGGUUUGAUAGCUUAGGUUUGGUCACAAGUUUUCUCACCGGUGGUGUGGUAGAGUUGGGAGCAACAGUAGAAGGAAGUGAUGUAAAUAUUGUUGGCAUCGGCCAAGGGAAGAGCUGAGUAGAAUUGUUUGUUUUCCUUCUAUGUUUUUUUUUUUUCUAUCUUUUCUUUUUGGGGGUUGCUAAUUCCUCAUGGACUUGUUUGAUAAAUAAUUUGUAGAAUCAGAUCCUUUAUAGAAAAGAAAAAAGAACAUAUGGAAGUUUAUGUAAAUAUUGACCUCUCAGUUUUCCUGAGCAUGCUUUGGAAGUUAUAUAUGUUUAUAUUUUCAUCAGCUGGAUUAGUCAGAA